AUGGCCGACUCUAGAAAAGUGGGAGUGCUGGGUGGUGGCCAGCUUGGCCGCAUGCUCAUUGAAGCCGCGAACCGACUGAACAUCCAAGUCAAUGUCCUGGACGCAGCAGCAUCACCCGCUAAACAAAUCUCCGCACAUGAUGGCCACAUAGAAGGCUCCUUCAAAGAUGCUUCCGCCGUCAAGAAACUCGCCCAGGCUUGCGAUGUGGUUACUGUCGAAAUCGAGCACGUGGAUACCCACAUGCUUGAAGAAGUUGCUGGCGAGGUUGCUGUCGAGCCGAGCUGGAAGACCUUGAGGACCAUCAAGGACAAGUAUGCACAGAAAGGGUACCUGAAAGAGCACGGCGUGGAUGUUGCUGAGAGCGAAGAUUUGGAAGGCAAGGGCGCAGCGGGUCUGAAGGCUGUUGGCGAGCGCUUUGGUUACCCUUUCAUGCUCAAGAGCAAGACGGAUGCGUAUGACGGGCGGGGAAACUACGUGGUCAAGACCGCAGACGAAAUCGAUGCGGCAGUCAAGGCAUUGGGUGACCGGCCCUUGUAUGCGGAGCGCUGGGCCGACUUCAGAAUGGAGCUUGCCGUCAUGGUGGUCAAGACCAAGGACGGCGUCCUCACAUUCCCCACCGUCGAAACAGUUCACGAGGAUUCAAUUUGCAAGCUCACCUACGCGCCACCGAGAAAUGUCUCCAAGGCAACCACAGAGCGGGCACAAGAGCUAGCCAAGAAGGCCAUCGGAGCCUUCGAAGGCAAGGGCGUCUUCGGUGUAGAAAUGUUCCUCCUCAAAGACGACACCCUCCUCAUCAACGAGAUCGCCCCCCGCCCACACAAUUCUGGCCACUACACCAUCGAAGCCUGCCCCCUCUCCCAAUAUGACGCCCACCUCCGCGCCAUCCUCGACAUCCCCAUCCCGCCCUCGGCCCUCCGCCUCCGCGAGCCCGCCAUUAUGCUCAACAUCCUCGGCGGCAAGAACCCCGACUCCCACAUCCAAGUCACUCACAAGGCCUACGCCUCCCCCAAUGCCUCCAUCCACCUCUACGGCAAAGGUGACGCCCGCCCCGGCCGCAAAAUGGGCCACAUCACCGUCACCGCGCCCUCGCUCGCCGACGCGGAGAAGGAGAUGCAGCCCCUCAUCGACUUCGUCGACGAGCAAAAGGGCAAGUCCCUGGGCGCGCGCACCGCGACGACAGACGAGCCCCUCGUCGCCGUCAUCAUGGGCUCCGACUCCGACCUCCCGGUGCUCAAGGCGGGGCUCCAGAUCCUCGAAAAGCUCCAAGUCCCCUUCACAGUGCGCAUCACCUCGGCGCACCGCACGCCCGACUGGCUGCGCGAGUUUUCCAAAUCCGCUGCAGACACGAGUCUCCGCGUCAUCAUCGGCGCCGCGGGAGGCGCCGCCCAUCUGCCGGGCAUGUGCGCGUCGUGGACCACGUUGCCCGUCAUCGGACUCCCCGUCAAGGCGACGCACAUGGACGGCUGGGACAGCCUGGUCAGCAUGACGCAGAUGCCGCGGGGCGAGCCGGUGGCCACGGUGGGCAUCAACAACUCGACGAAUGCGGCGCUGUUGGCGGUGCGGAUCCUCGGUGCGACGGAUUUGGCGGUUAGGGAGCGGUUGCGCGUGUGGAUGGAGGGGAAUGAGAAGGAGGUAUUGAGGAAGGACCAGGAGUUGCUUGAUCAGGGGUUCGAGAAGUAUUUGAAGGGGAUGGGGAAGUGGUAG